AAAACAGCCUCUCUGAGCCGCAAAUGGGAAGACGGAUUCACAGACCAGGCUUGCAAAUGCCCCACAGCUAUCGCAGCCAUCAUCUAACUGAGCCCAGAGAGCCCUUAUGGUUUGUCACCCGGCCCGCCCGGAUCGCCUUAUUUGUCUCUAGCGAGACCCCGAGGCUUUGGUCCUGCCCGGCUUCUUGGUAGCUGGAUGCCUGUCGUGCUCUCGGUAGCGCGGGCGCAGGGCACGCGUUUGCGCACACUCGCGCUCCUAGGAAAACGCACAAGAGCUGAACCGAACCGGGUUUCAACCAUUUCAAAAAAGGAGACAGCCUCUACCGCAAUUGUCGAAGAGACCGCGGUGUGAAUUAGGAACUGGGAGGCGUCGAGCGGCGGAACGGUCCAUCUCAGAGACUAAUUUUCUGGAGUUUCUGCCCCUGCUCUGCGUCAGCCCUCACGUCACUUCGCCAGCAGUAGCAGAGGCGGAGGCAACAGCGGCGGCGGCGGUGGCUCCCGGAAUUGGGUUGGAGCAGGAGUCUCGCUCGCUCCUUCGCUUGCGCUCUCUGCGCUCAGUGCUCGGCGGCAGGAGGAGCCUGGACCGGGCGCCGCCGGCAGGCGGUAGGCGCCGGAGCCGGCCCCGAGGUGCGUCUGGGAUCUCAGUGCGUGUCUAGCAAGGAGCCUGCGUCCCAGAGAGUCCCCGGAGCACCGCCGGCUGGUGCCCAGCGCGCCGGGCCAUGCUGCUGAGGCCACAGCGGAGCUCCUAGCGGCGGUAGCGCCCCCUGUGAGGAGGCCGGAGAUGCCUCUGCCACUGUGAACGGUGCUGCCCGCCAGGAUCUGCUCAGCCCCGGACCCUCUGGGCUGUGCGGGCCCGCGACCCACACCGAGUAGGGAGAGCAGCGAGCGCGGCAGAGACCGCCCAGCACCGGCAGCGGAGGCCGGCCGGUGCAGCGCAGGGACGCGUACUUAGUCUGACUGGGGCUGGCACAGGCGGCUAGCUAUGUCGUCCUGGACGAGGUGGCAUGGACCCGCCAUGGCACGGCUCUGGGGCUUCUGCUGGCUGGUUGUGGGCUUCUGGAGGGCCGCUCUCGCCUGUCCCACGUCCUGCAAAUGCAGCGCCUCUCGGAUCUGGUGCAGCGACCCUAUUCCUGGCAUCAUGGCAUUUCCGAGGUUGGAGCCUAACACUAUAGACCCUGAGAACAUCACCGAAAUUUACAUUGCAAAUCAGAAAAGGUUAGAAAUCAUCAAUGAGGAUGAUGUUGAAGCUUACGUGGGACUGAAAAAUCUGACAAUUGUGGAUUCAGGAUUAAAAUUUGUGGCUCAUAAAGCAUUUUUGAAAAACAGCAACUUACAGCACAUCAAUUUUACUCGAAAUAAACUGACGAGUUUGUCUAGGAAACAUUUCCGUCACCUUGACUUGUCUGAGCUGGUCUUGGUGGGCAAUCCAUUCGCAUGCUCCUGUGAUAUUAUGUGGAUCAAGACUCUUCAGGAGAGUAAAUCCAGUCCAGAAACUCAGGAUUUGUACUGCCUAAAUGAAAGCAGCAAGAAUAUUCCCCUGGCGAACCUGCAGAUCCCCAAUUGUGGUUUGCCGUCAGCAAAUUUGGCCGCGCCUAACCUCACUGUGGAGGAAGGGAAGUCUAUCACCUUAUCUUGCAGUGUUGAGGGUGAUCCAGUUCCGAGUUUGUACUGGGAUGUCGGUAAUCUGGUUUCCAAACAUAUGAAUGAAACAAGCCACACACAGGGCUCCUUAAGGAUAACUAACAUUUCAUCUGAUGACAGUGGAAAGCAAAUCUCUUGUGUGGCAGAAAAUCUUGUAGGAGAAGAUCAAGAUUCUGUGAACCUCACUGUGCAUUUUGCUCCAACUAUCACAUUUCUCGAAUCUCCAACCUCAGACCACCACUGGUGCAUUCCAUUCACUGUGAAAGGCAACCCCAAACCAGCGCUUCAGUGGUUCUAUAACCGGGCAAUACUGAAUGAGUCCAAAUACAUCUGUACUAAAAUCCAUGUUACCAAUCACACGGAGUACCACGGCUGCCUCCAGCUGGAUAAUCCCACUCACAUGAACAAUGGGGACUACAAGUUAGUCGCCAAGAAUGAGUAUGGGAAGGAUGAGAAACAGAUUUCUGCUCACUUCAUGGGCUGGCCUGGUGAUGACGGUGCAGACCCAAAUUAUCCCGACGUAAUUUAUGAAGGUAGCUAUCACAUUGUCUUUAUUUUUAACGAGAUUCCUUCCACAGAUGUUGCUGACAAAGCUGGGCGGGAGCACCUCUCGGUUUAUGCUGUGGUGGUAAUUGCAUCUGUAGUGGGAUUCUGUCUGCUGGUAAUGCUGUUUCUGCUGAAGUUGGCAAGACACUCCAAGUUUGGCAUGAAAGAUUUCUCAUGGUUUGGAUUUGGGAAUGUAAAAUCAAGACAAGGUGUUGGCCCAGCUUCAGUUAUCAGCAAUGAUGAUGACUCUGCUAGCCCACUCCACCACAUCUCCAAUGGGAGUAAUACUCCAUCAUCUUCAGAGGGCGGCCCUGAUGCUGUCAUUAUUGGAAUGACGAAGAUCCCUGUUAUUGAAAAUCCCCAGUACUUUGGCAUCACCAACAGUCAGCUCAAGCCAGACACAUUUGUUCAGCACAUCAAGCGGCAUAACAUUGUUCUGAAAAGGGAGCUAGGCGAAGGGGCCUUUGGAAAAGUGUUCCUAGCUGAAUGCUAUAACCUCUGUCCUGAGCAUGACAAGAUCUUGGUGGCUGUGAAGACGCUGAAGGACGCCAGUGACAAUGCGCGCAAGGACUUCCACCGAGAGGCCGAGCUGCUGACCAACCUCCAGCACGAACACAUUGUCAAGUUCUACGGUGUCUGCGUGGAGGGCGACCCGCUCAUCAUGGUCUUUGAGUACAUGAAGCACGGGGACCUCAACAAGUUCCUCAGGGCACACGGACCUGACGCCGUGCUGAUGGCCGAAGGCAACCCGCCGGCGGAGCUGACGCAGUCGCAGAUGCUGCACAUUGCCCAGCAAAUCGCAGCGGGCAUGGUCUACCUGGCAUCCCAGCACUUCGUGCACCGAGACCUGGCCACCCGGAACUGCCUGGUGGGCGAGAACCUCCUGGUGAAAAUCGGGGACUUUGGCAUGUCCCGGGACGUGUACAGCACUGACUACUAUAGGGUUGGUGGCCACACGAUGCUGCCCAUCCGCUGGAUGCCUCCAGAGAGCAUCAUGUACAGGAAGUUUACCACAGAAAGUGACGUCUGGAGCCUGGGGGUGGUGUUGUGGGAGAUCUUCACGUAUGGCAAACAGCCCUGGUACCAGCUGUCCAACAACGAGGUGAUAGAAUGCAUCACUCAGGGCCGAGUCUUGCAGAGACCUCGAACAUGCCCGCAGGAGGUCUACGAGUUGAUGCUGGGGUGCUGGCAGCGAGAACCCCACAUGAGGAAGAACAUCAAGGGCAUCCACACCCUCCUUCAGAACUUGGCCAAGGCAUCUCCGGUCUACCUGGAUAUUCUAGGCUAGGGCUCUUUCCCCCAGACCGAUCCUUCCCAAAGCACCUCCUCAGAUGGGCUGAGAGGAUGAACGUCUUUUCACUGCUGCUGGAUGCCAUCAAUCUGCUGUUCUCUACUCUGACAGUAUUAACAACAAAGACACUAUGAAGCUUUCAGAGGGAAGCAAUGUGUACUUCUCCAUCGGUAGACACAGUAUGGACUUCUUUUUGGCAUUAUCUCUUUCUCUCUUUCCAUCUCCCUUGGUUUGUUCCCUAGUUUUUGUUUUGUAUUGACUUUUUUGUCUUCCCUGCUUCACAGUCCUACCUUUCUUUUCUAAUCGAUCUGGCUUCUGCAUUACUCUUAACUCUGCAUAGACAAAGGCCUUAACAAACCUAAUUUGUUAUAUCAGCAGACACUCCAGUUUGCCCACCACAACUAACAAUGCCUUGUUGUAUUCCUGCCUUUGAUGUGGAUGAAAAAAAGGGAAAACAAAUUUUGACUUAAACUUUGUCAUUUCUGCUGUACAGACAUCGAGAGUUUCUAUGGAUUCACUUCUAUUUAUUUAUUAUUAUUACAUUUCUUAUUGUUUUUGGAUGGCUUAAGCCCGUGUGUGAAAAAGGAAAACUUGUGUUCAAUCUGGAAAGCCCUUUAAGUAUGGGAGACUGAAACCAGAGAGAGAGAAGAUUUUAUUAUGAACCGCAAUAUGGAAGGAACAAAGACAACCAUUGGGAUCCGUCCCUACUUAGGAAAAGCCCAGCGGCUGUUAGCUGGAGGAAUGUAUUCGGCACCUUCCUUUGAGGACCUUUCUGAUGAGUGAAAAGACUGUUGAACUCUGUGACAUGGACUACCCAUUCCCAUCAGCAGAAACUCUAGAGUGUAGUAGAGAGAAAAGAUGGCUCCGUGAGAAAGGAGAUGGCGCCUCCCACACUCAGACAUCCUUGUCUUUGUAGGUCACAGUAAUAGCACGGGCUUGUUUCUCCAAAUGUUAUCAAAUGACCCUUUGUCAAGUUCUGUUGAAAAUAGGUGGACUCUUGUCCAGAGCUCAUUUCAGGGUGGGGGAGAAAAGCCAAGGACUUGGAAAAGAUAGGAAGAGCUCUACAUUCGGAGGCAAGCUUCUCUUAUAUCAAACUUUUCAUACAGCACUUCCCUCCAACCCCUACCCGCCACCUGCCUGUCCUUUUAACUGUGCAAGCAAAAUUGUGCAUGGUCUUCGUCGAUUACUACCUUGUAUGCAGAAACUACUGCUCCAGACGUCGUGCCCCUGCCAUGUAGAGCAGAUUCAUAAAAGGUGUAACUUACAUAAUGAGGGGAAGCUAAUGGAACUCAUUAGCUGGGUAUAAAUGUCUCUGGGCCAUAGGGUGGUGAUGGGUUUCAACAAAUACGGACCCUGAAACCCGGAUGUCCUCAUGCACGUCGAACCCACUGUGAGACUGUGGGACUGUGGGAAGGGCUAAGUCAGUCCCCGAGAGAAAGGACACCUCAUCUCCGGGCACGUUGUAUGCAUUGGUGUUCAGUGUAUGCAGGCCAGUCCUCGCUGGGGCUCCGGUUGGGAGAGUGGUUUCAUUCCAAGUGUACUCCACUGUCAGUAUGCUGUUUUGUUUCCUUCACUCCAUUUAAAGAAGUAAAAUAAAAAAUUAGGCACAGCAUGCCAACGGGAGGUUAUGCCCAGACCAAGCUUUGGAGGUGUGCUUCUGGGCACCAUCACAGGUUUUGUGAAAUGAGGUUGUAAAUUUAAAUAGAAAUUUACAGUUAUUUGGGUGAUCAGUUACACCAAGGAAGAACAAUAUUUCUGUUCCUCAAGAAAACUUGAUACCCUCUGUGAGGGGAAUUUUGCUAACUUGACAUCUUUAUAACACGAGCCAGAUUGAAAGGGAGUGAUUUUAAUUCAUCUUAAGUCAUUUUAUUUCAUAUUUGUUUCCGAAGGUGCAAUUGCUCUGUUUAGGUUUUGCUUGUGCCCUUAAUUACUGGAACACCCUUAUUUUUCAUUAUAGGGUUUGAAAAAGCCAGUUCUAAGAAAAAAAAAGUCAAUUCACAGAGAACAAAAGGAAAUCCAUUAGCAUCUGCAGUCAAGUGAAGGGGGUCGGACAAGACAAACCUUACAGUCUCUUCAAGCUCUGCGCUGGCCUAUAGAUCGUGGAGUUGAGUUGUUUUUUCUCUUUGUCAGUGAAAAAAAAACCCACCAGAAUACACAUAAUAAUAUAAUGAAAGCCAUAUCUCCAUGAUAUAUACCUGCACGUAUAUAUCCUAUUAAGGACCCAUGGUACUGUUAAAACACUGUGGCACUCCGUGAAGCAGUAAAAAGGGGCAGAUUUGUACAAAACUUUUCUAGAUUCCAUCAGCGGUGACCUGAAAACCUGCACAGGUUUGCCAUUCUGCGGGACUGGCCAGCUGCUCUGGGAGGAGAAGCUGCAACUUAUUUGUCUUAUUUUAAUGGAGAGCAAAGAGGCAAUGCUCUAAAGGAUCAAAUUCAAGGAAGGCUGUGCAGUUUUAGAGCGAGGAUUUGUUUAAGGCACAUGAGAAGAUGGGAGCAUCCCAUUCCAUUCCAGUGUUGUUUUCCUCUGAGGAAUAAAAGCAAAAAAAAGCAAAAACAAAUACACACCUCUCCUUACCUUUUGACAAGUCCCUCAAGGUCUUGAAAUGAAAGGUUCUAUGCAAGUGCAAAGCUCUGUAGUUAUUUAUAUGCUUCUUGUUUUUCCCUCUGUUGUCUCAAGAGUAUGUACUGAUUUCAGCAAUGUCUUGCAUUGAAAGAAUACCAGAUUGCUUUAAAAGUAGCUGAAUGAAGCACAGAAUAUCUUCAGGUGUUCCACACUGGUCCUCCACAAUCCCCUCUUCUCAUGCUCUUCUCACUUUUAGAAAAGGAGCAAUCUCACUCUAAAAUGUAGCCUGCCAUCACAUUCAUUAAAAGCCCCAACAAGAGUAGUGUCAGACCUAAUUCUCUAGCCCAAACUCUGACAGUCAUUCCCAUUAAUAAAUUGUUUCCUAGUUUUCUAAAUGGUUUUCACAUAUGUUAGCAAAUGAGUCCCAUUUUUUUUUAUAGGUGAGGAAAUUAAGACUCGGGGAAGUUCAAUGGCAUGCUAGAAAUCUGCAGGCUAGCUUCUGACACCACUGGGACUGAGUCUAAAUGUUCUGACUCUGAAGUUCAUGAUUCAGUCCACCAGAGACUCCAAUCCAGGAAAGAAAGAACACUAACAAAUUCAUGAAGCAGGAUAUGAAGUUAGAAGAACAAAAUGAAACACAUGAGAUGACAAGCAGCUGAGAUAAAGUGGUAUAUAAUCAUGCUCACAGCUUCAGCUCAAUCCUUAUACACUGAACCAAUGUCAUAAUCAGGCUUAUUUAGAAAAUAUUUUGAACUAUGCUAUAAAGGAUUAUAUCAGAAUUCAUAUUAUGCAUAUGUGUUUACAUCAGCACUACCUGUGGUAUGUUUAUGUAUUUAUAUGUGUUAUAAAUACUUGAUUUAUACAUAGACAAGCACGCAAACAUAGUGUGUUUGUGUGCUUAUGUAUAAAUGUAUAGGCACACAGUAAUAGAGAUAAUUAUAAGUAGGGUGCAGUAUGAAUAAUUUGCUUAAAAUCUGCUAUAUAACCAAAACUCUUUAACGUCGUGUUGCUGUUAGUGCUUCCAUUCUCCAUGUGGAUAGGACUACACCACACUUCUCAACUCUGUGCGGUACUUCACGGGAGGAAAGCCUGGUUAAGACAAUGUGCUUCCCAAACCAACUGACUCAAAGCCAUCCCACCACACUGAGUCCUUUCUCUGGCUCCAUGCAAAGGAAAAAGCGAACUGAGCUAGAUCUCCUUCUGUAAAGGUCCAAGAAAGGAAAAUGGAUUUUUUCUCAUCUUUUUUGCUCCUUUGUGUUAGCUCAUCUGGUCCCACUAUGACCCCUUUGUUUCUUGUGUUCAGAGUUCAGACAUUCCAGAGAGAGUGGAAAUGUUGGGAGCCCAGUGCUUCAAAGGCCAAUGGGGAGAAGUCCAAGACCCCACACUGAGGUGAGCAACUCUGAGGGAUUCCCACAUCCAGGUGGGAGCACAAGCAGCAACAAGGCACAAGUCUGUCCUUGGCAAAGAACCAUGAGGAAAGGAGCCCCUGGUCAGAAGUAGGCUAUCUUUUCUAUCCUUUCCUUUUGCAAAAUGGACCUUCUAUAAUACCAACAGCAUUAAAUUAUGUGUCUAAUUAGAUAAAUGACUGCAUAUACACACCCUCAGUUCUCUCUCUCUCUCUCUCUCUCUCUCUCUCUGUCUCUCUCUCUCUCUUCCCUUUCAAUGGAGGACUUUUAUCUCCAAUAUUUGACCUUUGAUUUGGCCCUCCAUCACUGUUUCCGAAAAUUUCACGAGAGGGAUGGCUGGUGAUUUAACUCCUCAGAUGGCUAAGUGAACAGUUAAAGCAGUUUCUUUACGAUGUGUCAUUGUGGAAUGCAGAGACUCCCAGGUUGAUAUAGCAAAUGUUAUUCUAGAGAAUUAGAGGUGGGCGGUAUUUGUAGUUAAAUAUGACAGUACAUGAAGGGUAUUUUCUUGUUGUCAAGGCUGGAAUGAAUCACUGCUUCUCGAGUCAAAGGUUAUUCAAUAUCUUUAGGUUCUGAUGCUUCCCCUUUCUCUUCUUAUUUAUUUAUUUAUUUAUUUAUUUAUUUAUUUAUUUAUCUAUCUAUCUAUCUAUCUAUUUAUUUAUUUUGCUCCAUUUAUCACAAACACAAAGCAAAGCAAAAAAUAUAUAUAUGUAUAUGUAUAUGUGUUGCAGGCAAAACACUGUGAAUUUCACAUCAACAACCAAGCAACUAUUUUGCCAUCUUACCAUACGUCUCAGGAGACGAAAUGGGAAAACAUAGGAUGUCAUUUUUUCAGUCUAUGCAUUCUAGGCCAGGUCUGUGUUUGUUUUAUUCCUUUGGUCUGUGCAUUCAUAAAAAUGAUCCCAAGUGAAGAUUGGCUGACUGUUGAACAUACUGGAGCAAGCAUAAUAAAAGCUGCUAAUAGUCACGGUUGAACUGGAAAAUGAAAACUGGAGAACAUAAAAUGAAAUGUAACAGCCUACAUCUUGCAGCUUGUAUAUCUUACUAUUGCUUUAAAAAUGUAUAAAACUGCUGGAAAUGUUUUAAAUGCAAGGUCUUUGAAUUAAAUGUGGACUUUAAAUAUGUAAUCUCUUGACAAAUGACCAAAUUAUGGUAAAAUAUUGCUCCCUGCCUUCAUUGAUCAUUACCUGUCAGUUACAAAUCUGCCUAGAGAUGUGGACACUCUCUGCAUUUGCUUCUGUACAUGGAGAGAUGUUUGUAUAUAUCCGGGCCAUACACACACACACACACACACACACACACAUAUACACACAUACACACACACAUUUCAAUAUCUCUCUGAAGAUAUAUUGCCCCUUAAAUUGUGACCUGGUAUUUGGAACUCUUUAUUUGCUUUAUUUUCUUUUUAAUGUGACGUCUCUGUGCUAAUAAUUACUGGUUCCUGUUUUGCAAUCUGUUUUGAGGUCCAUUGCUUUACUAAGACCCACUGCAUCUUGGCUGAUUUCAAAGUGACACCAGAAUAUCAAUGUUUAAAAAUAAAAAGUUUUGUUUGUAAAUCAUGUGACCACCUUCUCUCAACCUGACAUGGAAAGUCUCUUGUACUACAGUGUAUUUAAUAAAAAUGAUGUCUUAACAAUAAAUAACAUCCUCCAAAA